ACGCCCCCAUGUUCCUACGGUAACGACUGGAAGCUUUCCUCCAAGAGGAUCAUGGGAAAAACGUUUUGCCUGCAAAACGGAGGGACUUUCGAAUUAUUUUUUUUUAAUCUUAAACCGCAGUUAAACACGUCAUUGUAACGCUAAAUUAGCCAUUAAAGUCACACGACGUCUAAACGAAGAAUAUAAAUCCAACAAAUAUACAGUCAGGUUUUAUUUUGAAGACCAGCGCCUACAAUUUCGCUAAGUGGCUAAUGCUAACAACCGCUAUGUGUGUUUUGAGUGAUUUCAGGAACGACAAAGUCGCAGAACAAAGACAUUAGGUGAGGGGUUUUGAGGUUAAACGUACUAUUCCGGGUGUCACAGAUGAGGAUAACAAUGGUUGUUGCGAAGAGAGCGUUUCUUCUUCAGCAGGGUGGCAACUGGAGAUGAGCUGCCAUAGAGAGGAAUUCCUGAGGGCAUCACUAAACACGAAUGUUGCCUCCCUGUCAACAUGGAGCUCAAGCUGGAGGUUGUUUUGUGCUCCAGCAUCAAACGGAAGAAGCCAUGGCCGCGCUUCUGUUGGCUUGGACAGGAGAAGGAGUCUGUCUUCCUGUUGGAUGACAAGAGGAUCAGCGAGAUCAACAUGGUCAAUGGUCGCACCAAGAAGAAGACCCCGAAACUCCAUCCUUUGCUUAACAAUGUGGUGACAAUGGCUCCGUCGGAUAAUGGUUUGUGGUUCAGUGGACUUUUAAGAACGGGAGAGAUGUUUUUAUGGAACCGGGAUAAAGACUUGUUGAAGACAACUGUAGCUGUCCCUGAAGUUGCUCAGUUGAUUGCUGCUACCCAAGGAAAUGCUCCUCGGCUCUCGGUCCAGGUGUCAGGUGACGGCAUGCGCGUCCUGGUGGUCUCUACAUUGGGGCAUUUUUUUCUAUGGGAGUGUUUGGAUGUCGGAGACUUGAAGGCGGUGCCAGGUGACACCAUUAAAGGACGCUGGGCUCAAAUACAGCCACUUCACGAUACCGUUCUGCCCACCAUAAAUGACAAAGAAACAUACCAGUGUGCCAUCUUUUUGAAGACACAGUCUAUGGGUGACGUCUGCCUAUCAGCGUUUGUAUUCACAUGUGGGAAGAAGCUAAUUAUUACCUACCUCAAAAUCCAGUGGAUGGAUGACCACAUGAACUUGGGUUCCAUGGGAUACAGCAUACAAUGGGCCACCAAGACCUACUCCAUGUCCCAUUUUAACCCGACCUGCCACCCGGUGAAGUCCAGAGGGGCGCUGGUGGCUGACUUUUCACCUGACGGACAACUCCUAGCCAUUAUUUUGAAUCAGCGGCAGCCUAAGGCGACACAGGUUCUAUUUGUGAGCACACAGAACUUUGUCUCCGUAUCCAGCGGCCUUGGUGGUUGUGGGUGUAAAGCUGAAGAGAUUCCUUCUAAGUACAUAAGGUCAUACUGGGUGGGCAGUCUAAGCUGGUCACAUGAUGGCCUUUUUCUGGCCUGUGUUCUGAAGAGAGGCGCCCUUCUCAUCCUGGCUCGUCUUGGCGGGCUGCUCUCUCUGACAAGCAGUGGUUGCAAUGUUGACUUUGGACCCGCGCACUUCAUCCCCCUGCACCCGCUGGUCACUUACCGGCCACAGGCUGAGGCCGGGAGAGCAGAAGCCUAUCUUUCCAGCUCGAGCGUCUCAGCGCGAGAUAUCAUGAGGCAGCGAUAUUCCGUGACCUGGCAUCCUCGCCUUUUGUACUGCAUUGUUUCUGACGGCUACAUGGCCACGGUAUUGAGGGUCCUGAACAGACCGUCACCUGCAAUGUUGGUGAAAGCUGUGCUGGAUAAAGCCAGCAAAGACCUGUGGAAGGCCGGCCAGCUUCUGGAUACAUCACAGAGUUACGUGAAGGUGUUGUUGGAUUAUGUUGCAUCAUACCACAAUCUGGACCAUGGCUUUGAGGAGUCCAAAUCAUUGACUACAAGUGUGCCUCACGCUGCCGAGUCUGUCCCUUCUGCAGCCACGCUAGAGUCCUCUGUACCUCUUUUUCUUCAGGACCAGGGCCACUUCAGUGGCACAAAAGAGCUACUUGAAAAAGUGCAGACCUUCUUUGACGAUGAUUCUGAAGUAGACGGACCUCCUCCUGGCUCUCAGCCAGCGGAAGGCCGUCUGGAGUUUGCCUCCAUGUUUGAUACACUUCACGCGCUGGACUCCGAGACUGAUUCUAAACUGGCGCCUAGCCCCGUUCCAGAAGAAGACUCUGAGGAGACCACACGCUGUCUUCACCAUGAACUUGUGAAGAUCCAAAAUGGGCUUUUGACAGCUUGGGCUCUCUGCAUGUCUCUGGGAAAUGCAGUGGAAAACCGAGCCCACCUACUGAAAUACGCUGUCUAUCGGGUAGCACAACUUUGUGCUUUUCUCCACUUGAUCCCAAGCGCCGAUGUCCACUCAGGGACAAGUAGUUCAUUGGGAUCUUCUUGGCUCCUGCAACUGCUCAAAACACUUUUAUCAUUUCUUCCCUGGGAUCACUCAAGCGAGCCUCAUGUCCUGGGACUGGUGGUGGAGCUAAGCAAGCAGCUGGCACACUUGCUGCUGGGCCCUCAAACUGAGGCCUGCCCAACAGGUCGGUUAGACGGUCUGCGUGGAGCUGUUUCCAUUCUAAAUCUGGUCUCUGAUGCCCUCGACCGCGCCUACAGCCUACAGCCAAGAAGUGUGUGGUCUUCAGCAGAGAAGGACCCUCAAAUUGCAUCCUCAGAUGUCUACCAUGUGCCUGUACUACAGGAUCACAGGGAGGACAAUUGUGGGGUUGUACAUCAGUGCCCGUCUGUACCCCAGAGACCAUCCAGCAGGCUGGUUGGGGUGUGGCAUUGGGUCUAUAGCAUCACCCGGCAAUACCAAGAGGAGGUGCGAGAUGGAAACAGCUUUGGGGAGGAUGAGGAACAGCUGUCUGUAAUCAUGUCUGAGAUCCAAACAGCUCUGCAAGCUGCUGGAGAACGACUUGAGGAGGGUCCUUCACUGCUGAAUUACACAGGUGAACAGCAGUUCCUGUGUGGCUUGUAUGAAAAUAGUGCUGAGACAUGGCGGUCACAAAUUUGGGAACAGAGUGAAAAAGGUUCUCGUCGUAGUGUCUUCCUGGAGACAAGGCUAUGCUUGGCUCUCCUCUACAGCAUGUUGGCUCAGUACCACCUGAGAGAAGCCAUGGAGUUGGGAGAACACAUGGCCCACUUGGUGCUGCACAAUGCCGGACAUUACAGUAGCGACGCAACUUGCACAUACGAGCCGCUGUUGCCCACGAACCUCCACCACGACGCUGCCUGCUCUGUGAUUCAUGCUCUGGCGAGAUUCAUGGCCUCCUAUUUCACUAAUCAGCCUCUUAAAAUCUUGCCUCCGCACAAUGUGGCCGUUCUGCCACCGCUACAUCUACCUCAUGCCUCAAAUGUGGCACGUCUGGUGCCACUCAGCCAGGAGGAGGUGGCUCGAGCGGUUCGCCAGCAGCACUUGUCAGAGAAGUGGACCGUGGACUACGCCCUAGAUCUGCUUCUUCUCGGGGGUCUCCUCCCAGAGACUGCAUGGCUGGCGUACAAUCUUGGGGACUGGAAGACCGCGGCCUCCGUUAGCCUAGCUUACAAUAAUUUCUGCACUGACCACUUGGACUUCACGCGGAUUAACAGACAGGAACUUCACCUCCCGAAAGCUUUGCUCCCUCAGAGUAUUUUUCAAGCAGAGUUGCAAUGGCUUCUUGACAAUAACACUCUAGAGCCCAGGGAUAUCACCGACAAGAGCUGUAUAGACCCUUUGGAAGAAGAAGACUUGGCUGUGUUACAGGUGUCCAUCCAGGAGAUCCUGAAGGCAUCUGUCAUGGCUGAUGUGAACGUGUUGUCUUCACCCUUGACCUCCUUGUUGGACUCAGCCAAGGACCUGUGCUCAGGCCUGCCUGCAUUGGUGCACAGUGGACUGUAUUUGCCGUCCCCGCCUCUUUAUUGUCCUCAGCCUUCCCCCAACACACAGGAUCCGGUAGGCACGGUGGGGCAGCUUGCUGAGGUUACAACACGCCACAAAGUGUCUGGAGUUCUCCAAAGGAUGCUACUACUCCUCAGGGCUGCUCAUUGUUGUCACCCUGCUGCUCAGUGGUACAUCAGUCAUCUACGCCGUGCUAGGCAUCUACUCUUUAAGAUCAAGAAGCGGUACUGUUACCCCUCUGCUCUUGACGAGGAAAAGGUUCUCCCAGAAGGCUUGAGGAAGUUUGUCAGCCAUGGAGGAUUCUUCAAACGGGUCCCAAACAACAAGAACCUGGACGUGGAUGCUAUUCAAACUAUUAUCUGUUUUAGGGAGCUGUGUGGUUUAUGCUGGAUGCUUCACGUCAGAGACCAUCUUUCCAUUGCCUGCAGGAAGUAUCAGGCUGCCAGAAUGCAACAGGCUGAUUCAGAGAUUCUAUCAGCCUGCGUGGACGCUGUUCUCUGGGCCCAGCGUUAUUUGCCCUUUUCUCACUUCCUGAAUGCAGAGGAAAUCCUCCAGGACCUCAUGCUCAGCCUGGUGUCUGAACUGCCACCUCUUGCUCUGGUGGCAGACACACUAGUACUCGCCUUCCCUGAGAAGGAGGAGUCUGUCAGAGUCCCCUUAAGGGAAAAGUAUAAGUCGCUGCUGCAGAGGCUGGAGCAAUGCAGUGUCACUGAGGGGAACAAACAGCAGGCCAGUGGCUCAAUGACAGUUGUGAUCCAAGACAAACUCAAGCAGAGGAGAAAGCACCUUGGGCGUAUGCUCAGGCACCUGGCUCCUCUUGAGCUCCGACUGUGGGGGAAAGAGGAUGAAGAAGAUGAUGGGGGAUGCAGACCGGGGAUGUCCGUGCCGAGGCAGCUCUCACCUGCCAUGAGCGUGAGCACCAGUACUUUAACAGACGGAAAUACAGAGGAAGUUGAGGUUGUCGCUUCUACCCCGCACAGCCAAUCCAAAGCAAGAGUGGCAAAGGAUAACAAAAAAAAGACUUCUGUUCCAGCGAGGAGUGGGACUAGAGAGCAAAAUGUCAGUCACUGUGAUGCAGCGCUUCCUUCCCUCCCGGUAGUAGGUACCUGGGAGUUUGAACUCGAGGAUGACGAGUAUCUAAACUUUCUCGAGCUCUUCCUUAGCUACAUGCUGGAGAAGGACAGCGCCGAAGGCGGCGAAUCUCCCUUACUGAAAUCUUUUGGUUCCACGGUGAGGGAGAGAGAGCUGCAUUCGCUCACCUUUGAUGUACUCACCACGAUGCACCGACGCCAAAGAGAAAGUGGGCAACAUCUGGCGAGGAAACACCGUGACAACGAUCUUCCCGUUUUCAGAGCCGGGGGCUGCCACAGGACAGUGAAACGUGGCACAACGCCUGAGUCGCAAACGUCAACGAGCCUCUCUGCCCUCGCUGUGUCUGGGAGACAAAGUGGUUUGUUUAACCGACAUCAGAGCAGUACACCAUUACAGAAAGCCUCUGCUUCCGAGUCCAACCAAAGUGCCUUGCAACCAACAGAGUGUUGUUCAAUAUCUGUGGAAGCCAUUGUAGAAGUGCAACAGGUCUUAGAUCCUAAAUUAGAGGCUCAAUUCCCAGAGCUUGGCAGGCUUCUGGAGUGGAUGUUACGCUGGGCUGACAGAAGGGUUCUCCAAGGGCAUCCUGGCAAAAAGAAGCAGCAGAACAAAGAAGGAACGUCCGAUAAAGGAAUAGUCAUGCGUGUCAAAGCGUCUGCGCCGGCCGUCCUCACCUCUCUCAGCCUGCUGGAGCGCAGGUUCACUCCUCAGCACGAGCCCAACUACUUCAUUGGUCGCGUCCAAGUUCCGGAACCACAAUGGACUGUUGCCCCCAUGGUGCGACCCGAGGAGGGCAUGAGGCUGGAGCGAGAGAGCAGUGUUGAUACCGGCUAUCCCGGGUCGGCGAACACUCCCAUUGGUGCUCUCGAUCACAACCUACAGCAAAGAGAACCUUCCAUUGGUUCUCAUGCAGAUGAACCCGCAGUGAUGAUGUUUCAAAGGACGCCUCUCCCUGACGACCCAGAUGACGUCAAUGUCAGCGCUCCCAGGUCUGUCCCAAUACAACAGCGACCAUGCUUUGACGAUUUGGAUGUUACACCUGAAAAAGAAGGCAAAAGUGACAAUGACUGCACUGAACUGUCGUCCUCGUUCUCCAAUACGAUCAUAUCCGAAAAUCCUUGCUCACCUCAAAUGAGUUUAAAGGUAGCAGAUCUGAUGGAGACAUCCAGCUCCGCAUCUCUCUCCAGUCAAGCAGGAAGCCAUCCGUCCACCCAAACAUCAAGUGAUCCAAAUCCCCCAAACACUAAGGCAAUCCAGCCUGAAGAAGAGCAGCACACCAGUAGGCCAGUCGACCAUCCAUCACGUUCUCAGCCCCAUCCUUCCAUACCCUGUGCACCCACUGUGGAUCCUAUCGGCCCUAACCAUCCACCCAACAUUCAGCCAUCACCACUGAGGCAGCGUGUCGGUGAAGAUUUAUACAGACUGGUCCAGCACAUCAACUACAUGAGCCUGAUGGAGGUUUUGGGAGCUUCCUUUUUCAACCUGCAGCUCGCACAGCAGAAUUCAUCCUUACAUCCUGUCGCGCCUUCAUCACAUGUCGCCAAUGUCACACCUCAACAAAACCUUACCACCCCCCAAUCACAACAAAUAUAUGUGCCAAAUCCAGAAUCUAACAACCCAGCCUCCAUGUAUGCACAGCAGCUUCCCAUACAGAGCCUUCACAAUGAACCCUCUCCAGCAAAUGUUCAAUACCACAACACCAGGAAUCUACCCUCCAGUACACAUGGAAAUUAUCAGGGACUUCAAGCCCGUUCUGUGCAAGCGGAGUCGACAGAAGUUCAAAUAAGGAACAAGAACUUUACCCCACCUGCUCAAGGGCUUCUCAUCACCAAUGGCACCAGUCACGCAGCGCCCUCAAGUGGGAACGUUAAUAUUGGCCAAUCUUCUCAAGCUUCAGGUGUAAAAUUACUUCAGCUCCAGCAGACAUUUCAGCAGGAGCCUAAUGUGCCACACGCUCCAAGCCAUGCCACUGUAGAACCAAGCAUUAGAGCUGCAUCAGGGACGAGAGACAAGAAAAGAAGGAUUUGGUCUUCAACUACAAAAAAGCUUAUCCGAUUUAGCCAUAGAGAACCCCCUGAGUCCACCCCAAGGAAACAGCGGUCCGAGGGAUCUGAGCAGACGGCUCAGAACUUUGCAUCGACACAUGGACUUCGUCUGCUGCACUUGCAGGCGGGUCCACAAGGACACAUCACAUUCCCCAGAAUACCAUCGCCGCCUCCCCUGUCCCGGCCGUUGAUUAUCCCUGCCGUUCCACUGGGAGAAACACCUAAGCUCCAGCUUCUUCAUAUAAACCCCAGACCAAGAAUAAUGUCCACCCAAGCGCCCCGCUUGUCCCAAAAGAUUCGCCUGAUCUCCUUGGAGGAGUUGACGGGCUUAGUGGCGGGAAGGCGCAACUCUGAGGAGGCUCGACUCCAGCUACUCAGAGUAAAUGACCCCACUGAAACAAGCAGAGGGGCUACACCCACCUCGGACUCCAGCAAGAGGCAGAAGAGGAGAGAGAGGGUACUGAGAGCAAGUGAAACAAACGAGUCUGCCAUUAUUACACAAGUGCCAAAAAAGGAGCCACUUGUUGCAGAGGUAAAGACCCCUGCAAGAGUUCCUGCCAUCAAACCGGGAUCUAUCAACUCUAUGCCCACUGGGCGGACAUUACUGGACAGGGCAACGUCUACCUCAGCCGAGCUUCAUGCCUUCGCUUCCACGUGUAAAAGACCACCCGAGUGCCUCGAUGCGUUCACCAACACAGAGCCAAAGUGUCCCCCCAUGCUUGUGGAUAAAGCGGUGUCCACCCAAGCAUCUGUAGCAGCCAUCACUUCUGAAGAGACAGGACAGCUGCGUGAAGAGAGCCCUCCUAGAGAAACACAUGACAUCCUACCAUCACAAGAGAAAAUUAAUUUGGAUCAGGUCAGCCGCAACUUCCUGAGCGUCUUGGAUAUUGAGGAGCGCGCACAGCAUCAGGAUUUACCACCUCUCAGCUCAGGAAGGCUGGAAAGAAAAGAUGCUCCCGCCUCGAGCCCUCCUGUACUCACCCCUGCUCAGCUUCAUUUACUUGCAGCUUCCAUCGUUAGUGGCACUCAUCCUGCAGCUCAAGAUCCACAUCAGUCAGUCAGAAUUUCACAACAAACCACGAAACCCAUCACACAGUCAGGUCUCCUUGAGGACUCCGCUUCAGUCAGCUUCACUGAGCCACAAAGACUUACUCCACCUCACGUUGACGAUUCACCUGACUCUGAUCUCUAUAAAGCCAUUAACACACCACAGAUAGAUAGACCUCACAGUCCUCCAUUAAAAAACCCUACUGCCUGGUUCUCAUCCCGCCUGUCGGAGCUGGAUUCACAGCUAGCCGCUCUCCAGAACAUUGCUGACUGCUUGGAGAAUGACCUUCCUGGGUCUAAAAUCGCAAAUGAGUUGGUGAACAAGCCUGAGCACGCCUCUGCAGUCUCGGCCCCAAAGCCCGUGAUGGCAGCUAGAAAAACAGUUAGACUGUUUCUCCCUGCGGAAGAGCACAAAACAGACCUGGAACUGAGCCAAAACAGUCAAAGAAAGAAUGCCUUUGCGGGCAAAUCUACGCAACCACCUCAGGCCCUACCACAACCUGCUAUUUGGAAGAUGGAUAAUAAAGAGGAUCAGGAAGAAGAAAACCAUCACAUGCUUCACCAUAACUCCUCUACCCCAGACGGAAAGACACCAUCUCUGCAUCCGUCUUUUUCUUCUCAGCUUGGUCACGGCUCCUCCCCCUCCUCUCACCACAGCGCCCCUCCAAAGCUAAAGAAUCUGUCACCAGGCACAUUGGAAACAUUUGACGAGACAGCUAAUGGGAGUCUGGACCAAAUGGGGUUGUCUGAUACCAUGGAAAUCCUGGAAGGCUUAGUAAGGGAAGGUUAUUUAUCCCAGACUGACCUGGAAAUGUCAUUUUUGGGCCCGUCUGCACUUGACUUGAGCAGCAGACAGGAGAAUCAAAGCUCUGACUUAUCACUGAAACGUGCUCUCGCCGAUGACGAGAGGAGAGAGCUGAGAAUGUGGAUGAGGCGGAAGCAGAGGGAGCGAGGGUCUGUUUAUCAGAAACAGAGAGCGAGCCUACGGGAGAGAGAGCGCAAACCUUUUUCAGCAUCGAGGACAUUGAAAUCUCCUAACCAUGGGACCAUUUCGAGGAACAAAGAGGAAACGCAAAAGGCAAUGCUCCUGAAACAAUUCAACCAGAGGAUCCGUGAGGCCACUUCCUUGGCUGAUCAACUUGGCAGCAACAUCUUCACACCAUCUCGUACUUUUGUGAUUGACGAGAGUCCGAUGCCCGCCCCUGCCGUCACUACUGUCCGGUGUGCCUCUGCACCACCAGGCACUAGCAAUCGCAGAGCAAAAUCUUUGUCGGGUUUCAGCCAUGAGAAAAAAAGUCUGAAGCAUCCUUCAGGACAAACACAUGCCCAGCAUCGGCCUUGGACUGCGGAAAUUCCAGGACAACCUUCCGAGGACAGCAAGAGGCUGCCAAGACCAGGGACCUCUCUGUCAAGGGAACAUCCGAUCUCCCCACAAGGCUUGCUGUCCUCCACAGAGAGCCACGAGGAGCAGCAUUUCAGAAAUAUGAAGCAGCAAAGAAAGGUGGCAGACAUGGAGGAGAGCGAUGCAGCCAAUCCAAGAGGCCCCUCUUCAGAUGUUUUCAAGUUACUUGGCUUGGACAAGACAAAAACUGAGUUACUUGCAGGGCUUUCAGACCAGCAGGAUGAUGGUGCCAUAGGUGGUGCGUCAGGCAUGGAAUGGCUGAACAAGGUGACAGAGAGCGGUGGUAGCAGCCUCAGCGAUAUCGACUGGGCGGCCAUCGAGAAGAUGGCAGCUGCACAUAACUGAUGUGCCUUUUCAAUAUAGCUAAUAUUGUAACUUAGUACUGUAUAUGACAUCUGCGAUUAUAUUUCUACUUUUUACAUUUUUGUUAUGUAUCAUGUUUUCAAAUGUGUUGAUUUUGCACAGACUGU